AUGGUUGCUGCACGUGGACCAAGCUUCUAUCGGCUUUUUCAAUAUCCCUCAAUGACCAUUGUUAAAGGUGCCGGUAUGGUGAUGCGUGCUAUUAUUGAGGAAUCAACAGUGGAUAUCUCGAAACGGAUGCAAAUGCUUUCGUUAACAGAGGGAGCAUUUCUAAGACAUCUUCAUAUGGCCCUGCUCAGUGUUGGCCGUGAUCUUCGUAUCCUAGCCAACAGGCAGCUCAGCGGUUAUUUGCUAUCGUUGUGGAUUGCCGAUAACGAUGCGGCUGUGGAUCUUUUAUCACGUUGUUUGCCUCGUGGAUUGCUUGAUUAUUUGGAGUCUACGGCGAAGCCUAAUGGUACCGAAAUAGACUAUUUACAGCCACGAAACAACUUGGAAAUAGCAAAAUCAGAAACAAAACAAGGUCGAAUAAUGGAUUUGGGUCCAGUGGUGCUACGUAAGAGGCGACAGCGAAUAAAAAGUGGAGUGAAUUGGAAAAUGUUUUGCUUCCAGUUCGCGAAAGAUCAUUGUAAAGCGGAUUUGAUAUGGAAUGAAACGACACGUGAAGAGUUUCGUCGCUCGGUUGAGGAUGAAUUACGAAUAUUGGAGCAGGAAAAAGAGCUCGCACCCAGCAAUAUACCUAUAUCAUGGAAUCAUACUGAGUUUCAGGUAUUUUCACAGCCGCUUCUCAGGCUCUCACCAGGUGAUUUCUUUAAUAGCGUCUAUCAUCGUUUUUUACUUUCGGCAAAAAGCGAAAUGCGUUGUCUGUGUCUGAAAGCAAUGGCUGUAACAUAUGCACGGCAUCAUAUCACAAUUGGUUCAUUUAUUGAUUCAAAAUAUAUUGUCAAUAUGCUUUCCAAAUGCACAAAUCCAGCAGAGCGCGAUCACCUGAUAUUUCUCAUCAGUAAGUUGGUGCAAAAUAAGGAUAAUGUGCGCGAAUUGCUCUGUGCCGGUAUUUUACCUUUGCUGGUUGAUACUGCAGUACUGGCUCAUCUUCACGUAAAUCGUGCAAAAAUACACAACCAGGUUUUGUUUAGAAUAAUUUUAGUAGUAUUUUUUCAGGCCGACGUGGCAACAAAAAACGAUGGUACAGCUGAAUGGUACUACACUGACAAGGAGGGGAAACGUCAAGGACCAGUUACUUUCAAUGAGAUGAAGAGCCUUUACGAAGAGAAAGUGAUAUUUGAACGGACACAAAUUUGGGCUCAAGGCCUAGACCAGUGGAUGGUGCUUUCGGCAGUUUCACAGUUUCGUUGGACAGUUUGCUGCUCGGUGAUGACCAAUGCGCUGUAUAAUUUCACUGAACUCUGUACAAUUAUUCUUGAUAUUUUAAUACAGAUGUGUGCGUUUUUUCCGUCAAGAGAUGAGAAUGAAUGCAUUGUACGACCACUGCCACAAGUGAAACGCAGUUUAUCGGAGCCUGUCUGA